AUGAAGCGACCGGCCACAGACUCUCCCGAGGAAUACGGCGACGACCGGCUCGACGGCGCCAAGCCGCCUCUCAAAACCCGUCCGGUCACGUCCUGUUCCAUGUGUCGCCAGCAAAAGGUCAAGUGUGAUGCUGGCAAAAUGUACCCCAACGCGUGCACCCGAUGCGCGAAGCUCAACAAGCAUUGCGUGGUCGACCCGCUGUAUAAACCGCCCAAGGGCUCGCAGCUCAAGUCACUGAUGGACGACGUGCACCAGCUGCGCCAGGAGAUUGAGAUGCUGAGACAGCCGCAGCAGCCGGCCCCAGUGCAGACUCCAGUGUCCGUGCCGCCAGUAACACAGAUGGAACAGCAGCAACAGCAGCAGUCUGAACUGCAUCAGAUGAUACCACCACAGAACCAUACACACCAUCCCCAUCAUAUCUUACACGCACCACCACACACUCCCUACCCCCCUCAUCCACACACACAGUUGCCACCACUACCGCAACAACCACAGGCACAAAUACAGGCACAAAUACAGGCACAAUCACAUCCGCCACACCUCCCUCCCAUUACCAUCCACCCCAACCACACGUCCAAGCCGGUCACAACCACAACCUCGGCUUCUCCGUCGUCCACUUACACGCUAAAUGGAGUCACGCUCAACAAUGAACGCGUCUUGCGGCUCCACAAACGCUUUGUAGAACGCUAUCUGCCGUACCUGCCCAUUUUGGAGACCCACUCGCCCGAAGAGCUAUACGAGCAGUCAAAGCUGCUGUUCUGGACCGUUAUGGUCACGGCAUGCCAGUCUGACCCUAACCCGCAGCAAUACAACCAGCUAUGGCCGCACGUCAAGAACCUCAUCAUCGAAACGUGCUGGUUGCACACACCACGGUCCACCCAUGUGGUUCAGGCCCUGCUGGUUCUGGCCACGUGGCCUCUUCCAAACAUGAAGAUUCUUGACGACUGGAGCUACCGGCUCAUCGGCCUCGCCAAAAACAUUUCGCUGCAGCUGGGCCUGCACCGGGGUGAGUUUGUGUCCGAGUUUUCACGUUCGCAAGUGCGAAUGACGGAUGCAGUCAAAUGGCGAACCCGUUCGUGGAUGGCGAUCUUCUUCUUGGAACAGGUCUGGUGUUCUUCUCUUGGCCUCCCACCGACAACCCAGGCCGACUCGCUCAUCAACAACGCCGCAACCAAGCUGCCGUCCUUCUCAUUCUCGAUUCUCGUCCGGCUGUCGGCCUUUUGUUCGCGACUCAUCAACCUUGUGGGCAACUCACAGACAUCGGCAGACGGUCUCAUCCCCUACGACGACCGCAUCAACGUGCUGGCCGUUAUCAACAAUGAGCUUGACAUUGUGGCCCAACAGCUGGAUCUGUCGGAGCCCUCAGCGGAAAUGUACUACCUUAACAUCCGACUGAUGAUUGCGGUCUUCUCCUUCAUCGGGGGCACAGACACGCGGUUCAUCAUGAACGCGUACAAUGCGGCGACGCGAGCCGUCGCCAUUCUGUGUGGAUUGCCUUAUCAGAUCACACAGUAUCCUAUUUGGAUGCGUCAAUGUGCGUCUUUCGCAGCCACGGUUCUCUUCCGACUUCAUUUGAGCCCCCACUUGCUGCCCAAAUACCAUGAGACCGCUCGAGGAUCCGUAGUGGCCCUACACGCGAAGUUCAAGCAGAUGGUUGCCCACUGGCCCGUGGACAACGACAUUUCGCGAAUCGCCAAGGUUGUAGAAAAACUGAAUCGCACGAUUGUGACGAAUCCGGAGCUUUUCAAGACCCCAGGCAUUGUGUCACGAAUGCGGUCACAUCUAUCUGCAUCCUUGUUUUACGAGCUGAUUUGGAUCAUUCACGAAGCUCAACGGAGAAACGGCGGAGGCAACUCCCAGGGAGUUUCCACCAGCAACACCGGCGGCCGGAACACACCGACACAGCAGACGGCUUCUUCCAGCGUUGCUGCGUUAACAAACAAUAGCAGCAACGGCGGCAAUACUGCAGGAGCCGGGACUGCUACGAAUGGCGGUGGAGCCACGGCUGCUCCGUCCACAAACGGGUCUUCGGGAGCUGCUCCGAUCAACGGGAUCAUCAAGACUGACUCGGACGACCCUGAUCCGUCAAUGGCUCCUUUGCAGCUCGAGCGACCGCCAGUGGUCAAGGAUGAGCAGUUUAACGAUUUCGGCUUUCCUCCGGAUCUGGGUGUGAUGGAUAUCAUGCAGGAUUGGAUGGACGGCAAGGGCGAUGACUUUUUGGGAUGGAUGGAUGUCAAUCUGUCGCCAGAAUUUUAA